CUCUCUCAUCAACGCGAGGCGCGCCUGCGGCUCCGGCAGUAGCCCAGCAUCUCCUGAGACUGCUGCCUUGGACCCGUGCUUUCUCCUUUCCUCCCCCUUCCUAAAGGAGUACCCAUCCCUUCGCCCCACGCCUGGGACCUGGGGACUAUAAAGUGAAAAUGGAGCAACAAGAACCAGCAGAUUCUCAAAAUACCAAGCAGUCUAUUAUUUCAGAGGAGUUAAUUUCAGAAGGAAAAUGGGUCAAGCUUGAAAGAACAACUUACAGAGAUCCUACUGGUAAAACAAGUGUGUUGGGGAUGGGACCUUCAGUGCUUUUCCCAGCACUGUCUUCUUCAGUCUUUAGGACUCUAACCCUAGGAGGCAGCAGAGAGAACUGGGCCAGAAGAACUUGGGAAACUGUGAAACGGACAACGAGGAAAGGCCAGUCGGCUGAUGGUGUGGCGGUCAUCCCCGUGCUGCAAAGAACCCUUCACUAUGAAUGCAUCAUUCUGGUGAAGCAGUUCCGACCCCCGAUGGGGGGCUACUGCCUAGAAUUCCCUGCCGGUCUCAUCGAUGACAACGAAAGCCCAGAAGCAGCUGCUCUUCGGGAGCUCGAGGAAGAAACUGGCUACAAGGGCGACGUUGCUGAAUGUUCCCCAGCUGUCUGUAUGGAUCCAGGUUUGUCAAACUGUACCACACAUAUGGUAACCGUAACUAUCAAUGGAGACGAUGCUGAAAACGUAAGGCCUAAGCCAAAGCCAGGAGAUGGAGGUAUGUGUCCCGCUCAGGGGCUGGCCUUGAGUGCCGUGUGGUGCAGCGGGAGCGGCCAUGGCAUUGUGAGUUGCUCAGUUGGGCUCGCCUGGUGUCCGGCUUUAUUUUCACUUGCACUUUGUUUGUUUAGAAUUUGUGGAAGUGAUUUCCUUACCAAAGAAUGACCUGCUGAAGAGAAUUGAUGAUCUGGUAGCUAAUGAACAUCUGACAGUGGACGCCAGAGUCUAUUCCUACGCUCUGGCGCUGAAACAUGCAAACACGAAGCCGCUUGAAGAGCCCUUCCUGAAGUUUUAAGGCCAAAGGACAGUCGCCUUGUUUCUGUAA